CUGAUGAUUCUCUCUCUGUUCUGAUCCGUGCCACCGGUGCAGUGCUUAUCCUCUUGUCUCGAUCUUCCCAAAUCCUCCUCCCCGUAACAUUCUCUCCCCAAUCGUCACAGAUAAAGUUUUGGGUUUUUGGAUUCGUGAAUGCUCUGAACAAAGCAAAAAUCAAAGCUAGGAAUUCCUCCUCCCAAGUACCAUGAGAGAUCAAGACCCCCAAUCCAGGGUUUUCUACGAGCUCUGCUCCAUGAUCAUCCACCUCCUCACAUCCCCUCCCCUAGCCCUUCCCUUUCCGACCUUACAUUCAGGCGGGCAGUUGGAGGCUUCGUCGUCCAGACAAGCCCCCACCUCGUCUCCCGCCGCUUUCGGCUCGCUUUUUCUCGGGAUUUCUGUGGCUCUCAUGCUCUUCGGAUCGGUCACGUUCUUCAUUGGCUUCAUACUGAUGCCUUUGGUCUUUGGGCUUGUCUUCCUCUUCUACUUCGCUGGGAUCGUCUACAAUUUGACUGAACUGGGCCGCUCCAUUAUCUGCCCCGCCGCCUCAGACAAGAAUGAUUAUGUUCCUACAUGGAGCUAUGAAAGUUGAGGCGUACAGCUUGUUGAAGCGUGGGAAAGCCAGAAACCAGUGAGCAUUUUUUAGGUUAGCUAGAUUGUGAACAACAUAUUAGUAGGAUAAUUUUUUUUUCUUUAGCAAAAAACAAUGUAUCGAAAUGUUUAUGCUGGCCCUGUCUACUAAUGGAUCGUACCGACUUGGCUGGGGAGUGCCAAAGUUCUUGCAGUGCAUUUUUCAUGCUACGUAACUGCAGGGUUUUCGUUUUCGGCCUUUUUGGAGUUGUACUUUUUGGUGUUAUUAUUCAUAAAGAAUCUUCAAUCUUCAUGUGAUAC